GCGGCGCCCAAGAAGAAGGAAAAAAUUACCAAAAACUUGCUCUGACAGACGAGAAAGUUUCCUAAAUGUUUUAUCCAAGGAACUUUGCCCUCAGAAGAUGGUUGCAGGGAAAUAAGAGAUUUGUUUCUAAAGAGAGCAGUGACGUAUGCAGACAGGCUUUGCUCUUUCCUGGGCAGGGAUCCCAGUUUGUAGGAAUGUGUGGGCGAUUUAUCAAAGAAACUUGGCUCCAAACGCUUUUUAGCAGAGCACACAAGAUCAUCGGUUUUGACCUGUUAAAACUAUGUCUUGAAGGACCAAUAGAAGAGUUACAGAAGACAGAAAACUGUCAGCUGGCUGUUGUAAUGGCGUCUCUUGCUGGGCUAGAGUCGUACCGUUACCAUGGUGACUCGUCAAUGAGCUCAGUCUGUGCAACAGCUGGCUUCAGUAUUGGUGAAUUUGCAGCCUUAGUAUUCGCAAAAGCAAUUUCACUGGAAGAUGCUCUUAGGGUCAUACAUAUCAGAGCUAAAGCUAUGCAAAUUGCAUCAGAAAGGCACCCAAGUGGCAUGAUAACAGUUAAAGGACUGCAAGACAAGGCUAUUAAAGAUCUUUGUCAGGCAGCCAAGACCCUAGCACAUUCUCAAGAUCCACACCAAGCACCAAUGGCAAUGGUUGCUAAUUUUUUGUAUCCAAAAGGCCACGUUAUUGCUGGUACAAUGGAUGUUAUAGAAUAUAUUCUACAGUAUGGGAAAAUAAAACAUGGGGCCAAAGAUGUCAAACAGCUUCCAGUCAGUGGAGCUUUCCACACUUCCCUCAUGGCUUCAGCCCAGCCUAUCUUAAAAGACACCCUCAAUGGUACUGCAAUCUCUAUCCCACAAAUACCAGUAUAUUCUAAUGUGACUGGGAAACCUUUCAGCUCAGUUGAAGAAAUUAAAAUGUUAUUGGUUGAACAGGUUGUUCAGCCAGUUCAAUGGCAGACACUCGUCCAAAAUAUAAUAGCUGAUCAGAAGCCAAGCAUGUUUUACGAAGUAGGGCCAGGAAGACAGCUAAAUGCCAUGCUGUACCACAUUGAUUCCAAAUACAAACGCCAUUGUAAGAAUAUAUCCGUAUAGUAUAGACAAGAUACUAUAAAAUUCUGGUAAUAAGUCCACUCACUAGUUUACUAAAACAAAAUUUAAUAUCCUUAGAGUCAUAAGCCCUUUUCUCCUGGUUAUAAGCAUUAUGGAGUUUAUGACAUAAGAGUUAUUGGAGUUGGGAAAACAAGAGAAAGAAAUAAUGUCCUCUUCAUUCCAAACUCUUUUUCCUUCCGGAUAUAAAGCCUCCCACCUCCAGAUAAAAACUACCCCCCUGGUCAUACAUAAGCCAAAAAAAAAACUUAUAAAUGAGCAUUUGUAAGCUUAGGACUUAAACCAGGAUUUCAUGGUGGCGGAUAAGAGUAUUUUCAAUUUUUACAUUCUGAUUUGAUUUGCUACUAUAGCCUACUAACAGAGCUAUUAGAGCAGAUGCAAUUAA